GUUUGAUUUAUUAACUGAUUUUACCAAAUAACCGAAUAAUAAAAAUAUUUCAGUAAUUUUUAUACUAAAAGUAAUAAUAUAUGCAUAAUUAUUUUAUUAAUAUGAUAUUCAUAAUUAAAACAUUUCUUUAAUACUUUGUUAUAAGUUGAUGAAAUUUGUUUUUAUAAGUUAAAUGCAAUUUUUCUUUCUCAUUUCAUAAAUUUAAAGACAUAAUUUUUAUAGUAAAUAUUUGUGCUAAAAUAUAGUUAUAUAAUAAUAUUAUGAUAUUACUGUUUUCUUAUUUUAAUUUUAAAAAUUAAACUAACCAAAUCUUAGUUUCAAAAGUUAGAGUAAAGACUAUAUUUUUAUGUUUUAAUAAAUCUGAUUUCAAUCAUAUAAAUUAAAAUUUGUUAUUAAAGAUAAAUAUAAGUAUUUUGGUAUACAAUCGAAUAAAACCAAAAAUCAAAAGUAUAUAAACUGAACCAACAAAAUUAGAUAUGAAUCUAAUAUAGUAACUGAUUUUUAUAAAUCAAAAUAUCAAAAAACUGAAGAAAAAAAACAGAACUGAAACCGGAAUGGAAUCCAAGUUGAAAAGAUAAGGAUUGGAAGCGUUUUAGAGCCGAGAAAGUUGGCAAAUUAAUAAAUGGAAAAUCGAUAAUAUUUACCCGCAUAGCAAUGAAAAAGUUGGAAAGUUACACUUACCUUUAAUACACACGUAUUGCAUUCUUAGACCCAAAAGAAAUGGGCAUAUGCUAAAUUUGCAAUCUUGAAGAAUGUAAAAUAGAUUAAAAACAUAUACUCUCUGCGUUUUUUAAUAUAAGUGGUUUUAAAAUUAAACACAUAAAUUAAAAUAAUCAUUAAUUUUUUAUAUUUUCUAAACAAAAACAUCAUUAAUUAUUUAAUGUUGAUUUAUUAUGAUAUUACAAUUUUGAAAAAUAUUACAUAGACGAUCGACAACCGACAAUACUACCUGCCUUAUAAGGAUCUACGCCUAACUGUAUCACCUGAGCCGUCCUACGAAGAUCAUGUCUGACCGAGUUUAUUUGCACCAUGUUGAAGAUUCCUUGUAAGCAUUUCUUCUGUAACCUGCAUAAUUGUUUAAUAAAUCGUUUUUUCUGAGAAUUAAAACAUGGACCUGCUGGUGUAAAAGCAUUAAUGAACCCUUAGUCAAACUAUUGAACUAAAAGGGCUUUCCUCGUUAAAUUUUUAUAUUUUUUAAACAAAAAUAUCAUUAAUUAUUUACCUAACCACAAAUUAACCAAUAAUAAAAUAGAAAUUAUAUUAUCAUUGGUCAUACAACAUUAAGUGUUAAUAAAUUAUACAUAGAAAAUCGAAAACAUCAUAUAAUUUAGAACAUAAAAUUUUCUCUAAAACGAUUUAAAUUAAAAAACGGAAGAAGUAUAUAUAUAUAUUUAUAUUUUUUUCUGGAAAAAAGCAAAGUCGAUAUGGUUUAGGAAACACAAAUACCGAAAUUGCCGCAAGCCACAAAAAAAAAACGGACAUUUAUAGGUAAAUAAAUGCAAAAAAGUGUGUUAUCAAAGAAAAGAAGAAGCAAAACCUUAAGUCUAACCUAUGAAACAAAAAGGAAAGAGAAACAGAAGCGAUAUGGGAGAAGUACCACAGGUUCUUGUGGAAGAGAUCUUAGAGAGACUUGACGUAAAAUCGCUGGUAAGAUUUACAUCUGUUUCCAAGCAGUGGAGCUCGAUGAUCAAAUCGAGAUCCUUUGCAUUGAGACAUCUGAUCAGAGCGCAGUCACGAGAUCCCCAUAUACUCGUAGGGGGUGAUCAACUUCGCUGUGAAUCAAAUCCUUACCCUUGGCUAAGGACUUUGGAAUUACUUGAUCCAUUUAUUAUGGUCAAUUAUAUCCCCAAACCAAAUCGAACAAGUACUCAAUUCACUCAAAGCUGUGAUGGUCUUGUUUGCAUCUACGAUUUUGAACAAGUGGUGUAUGUCUUCAAUCCAGCGACUAGAUGGUGUCGAUUUCUUCCUCCGGCUAUGAUUCAACAAAUCAACAAUCUUAGUAUUUCUCAAGUAGGUAUUUCCAGACGACCUUUUCUAGGGUUUGGUAAAGACGCUGUGACAAGCAAGUACAAGAUUGUGUGGUUAUACAAUCCUUUAGAACCAGAUCUAGAUGGUCAAACCACUACUUGCGAGGUUUUUGAUUUCACCACUUAUACAUGGAGACAUGUGAUUGGCUCUCCACACCUGAUAUGUGAUGAUUUCAAAUCUCACCCGGUACAUUUAGAUGGAUCAAUUAACUGGCUUACUGCUUAUCUUAAUGGGACAACAAAGAUAGUAUGUUUUGAUCUUCACACUGAGGUUUUUCAAGUGAUGUCAGAAAUUCCGAUUGCUCAUGCAGAUCCUCAUCGAAGUAUCAUGUGCAGUCUGCAUAAUCGUCUCUGCGUAUCCGAGAUGAAACGCAACAACAUUCAGGAUAUAUGGUUACUGAAUUCACUUAAGGUAUGGGAGAAGACUUACAGUAUAAAUCUAACACUGAUUGUUCGGUUAUAUGGCGAAUACAAUGGUUUUCCAAUAUCACCGGUCACAGUUUUUGACAAAACAAGGUUACUAUAUCUUCACCCGAUUAUCACACAACCUUCUUUACUGAUACAAGAUACUAUAAAAGAGUCGGAUCGUUUUGCGUUCUCCGGACUGGAUUAUUUCAACCAUGUUAUUACUUUUGUUCCAAGCUUGAUCUCUAUUUAGUUAAGUACUGUAACGUUUUUUUUUGGUUCCAGCGAUUUAAACAUCUUACUCUAAUGUAAUUUAUAUUAUUUCUUAAGAGAUUUGCUAAA